UUUUUCGAUUAGAUUCGUGGAUUUUUGUUUGCAGUGAAAUUAUACAAUAUAAUUUAGUUGUUAUUUAUAACAAAUGUAGUAUUUAGUGAUAUAAAACCACUAAUAAUUUACAUAUUAUCAAGAAAGUUCUUUCUAGGAAACUUCAAAAUAACAGGAUGACGGAGACGCGACGAUCACUUCACCUUGGAAAAUGCAUAGAGGAUUUGGAUAAAUUACACAAUGUACCUGAUCUUAAAACUAAAAGAACAACAAUGUUAUGUAAAACAGCAGUAAAAUUGUUUGAAAAUGCUGAGCAGGCACGUGAGAAGGGUGAUGAGGAGUAUUCUUACGUUUAUUACAUGAAGUAUCUUCGCAUUGUCGCUUUUUUGACCAAAGACAAGGCGGAUAAAGCUUACUACACCAGUAUGUUGGGCUCGAAGAAUCCUAACAAAGCUUUGGAUUAUGCUGAACAGCUCAAAAUGAGUUUGAUUGAAAGGUACGCUAAAGAACAGAAAGCGAAACGCCUCAAUGACAUAAAAGAGAGUGAGUUGUUUAAGCAGAAGAUUGAAGAGAACAGGAAGAAGGCCAUGGAAGUUGUGGCUGUGAGCGAACCUGUGAUCCUGCUACCAGGUCCAGACGAGGUGACCAUCCGGAGUGAACAGCUGUACUCAGUGCUGAAGAGCGGGAAACUGAAGGUCAUGAUUCUGGAUGCUCGUCCAGCCAGCGCAUACAUAGAGUCCCAUAUUAAUUACCCAGCCUGUAUAAGUGUUCCAGAGGAGUGUAUAUCGCCUGGACAAUCAGCUCAUAUCCUGGAGCAGAGUCUACCAGCGGAUUCCAAACCCGUGUGGGCUGAGAGGGCGAGCAUGGAACUCAUCGUGCUUUUGGAUUGGAACAGUACAGAAGUAAUUCCAGGGAAUAAGCUGUACUUGCUGAAGACUAUACUGCUGAAGUGGGACGUGAAGGUGCAGUACGCGCGCGCGCCGCUGGCGCUGCGCGGCGGCUACGAGGAGUGGCUGCUGCGCUACCCCGCGCUGUGCAGCGACCCGCGCGCGCGCCCGCCGCCGCAGGCGCAGCCGCUCGCCGAUAUGCUCGACGACAUAGAGUACCCGGACUGGUCGGAGCUGUCCCCCGUGAGCCCGCCGCGACCGCGCGCCGCGCUCGCCGGCCGGCCCGGGGAGCCCGUGGUGGACCGCGGCAGCAAGGCGGCCGCCGUUCAGAUUUACGAAGAGCGAGCGAGGAUGCAGUCAAUUCUGGAGCAGCAGGAACGGCUGGCGGACACCUCGUUGACCCUGGAGAUGCAGAGGAUUGAAGCUGAACAGGACUGGGAGAAGGUACGCGUUCAACGCGAGACAGAAGAAAGAGACGAGAUGAGAGCUAUGUACAAGUUGAGGGAGCAGGAGAUCAUAUCGCAGCUGAUGCAGUUGGAGAACAAGCAGUACGACAUGGAACAAGAGAACUUGACCCUAAGGGAAAAAUUAGAAGAAUACCAACGGAGGGAGAGGGAAGAAGCGGCGAGACUGGCCAAUUCUAUAGUGGAAAGCCAGGCCGAUGAUGAAGCGGAACGCCAACGCCAGAAACUGUUAUCGGAGCAAGCGGCCGCCGAGCGCGAGUUAGAGCACAAGCGAGCGCGAAUAGCGGCGGUCAGGCAGCAGCGCUCGCAGCUCGACAGGAAGCGGGAGAUGCUGGAGAGCGAGCGGAAGCGGAAGCUGCAGCUGGCCAGGCAGAAGAAGAAUCCCAAUGAACAAGACGAAGACAGUGACGCCUACAUGUCUUCGCCCGGGGACAGCCCGCAGGGGGCGCUCAACCGGUCGCAGUCCUCGCCCAAUAUACCCAAGAUACCUUCAGAAGACGAGAUCUCAAUACCGCAAGUGGACCGCAGUACAAAGCCCUGUAAAGUAGCGCCAUCUAGUGAACACUACCAACGCGAUUUCCAGCCUGUGUGGGGAGAUGUGGAACGAGGUCUAACCGGUCUGAAGAACCUGGGCAAUACAUGUUACAUGAACAGCAUCAUACAGUGCCUGAACAACACCAGCAUAUUGGUCACGUACUUCUGUUCAGGCCAGUACUUGGAGCACGUUAACAGGUCUCACAGCACUCGAGGCGUGAUAGCCGAGGAAAUGGCGGCGGUAGUUCGAGCCCUGUGGUCCGGGCAGUACAGGUUUAUUGCUAUCAAAGAUUUAAGGAACGAAGUGGGAAAACACCAGCGAGCGUUUCGUGGUUGCGAACAGCAGGAUUCUCAUGAGUUUCUCACCAUCCUAAUGGACUGGCUGCAUCUAGAUCUUCAGUUCACUAUCAACGCACCUCCAAAUAAGGACAGCUUGCCAGCUUCGGAGAAAGCGUGGUACGAGUACACCAAGUCCAAAGAGAGUCUCAUACUCCAACUCUUCUACGGCCAGAUCAAGUCCACGGUCAGGUGUACCACUUGCGGGAAGCAGAGUGUCACUUAUGAGUCGUUCUCGAAUCUGUCGCUGGAGUUGCCCGCCAACGCGAAUCGGUGUUCGCUAAGUGACUGCCUCAAGCUAUACCUGAACGGCGAGACGAUACCCGGCUGGAACUGUCCCAAUUGCAAAGAAAAACGGGAUGCUGUGAAAAAGCUGGACAUAUCCAGACUGCCUCCGGUGUUAGUCAUACACUUCAAACGUUUCUACGUAGACCCCAAAGAGUACAUGUGCAAUGCUUACAGAAAAAAACAGACGUACAUUGAUUUCCCAUUGGACGAAUUGGACAUGAGACAGUUCUCGCUGCAUUGUCCUAGUAAUCAUGUGUACAAUUUGUAUGCGGUGUCGAAUCAUUACGGAUCGAUGGAGGGCGGCCAUUAUACGGCUUAUUGUAAGAACAUGGCGUAUUGUAAGAGCAACGCUUAUGGCAAAUGGUUCAAAUUCGACGACCACGUAGUAACGGAGAUAGCAUCUAGCGAAGUGAAGUCGAGUGCGGCGUACAUAUUGUUUUACACGUCUUGCGGGGCUGCGAGGCUGGCGUGACUUUCUAAGUGAAGUGUAUAUGAAGGUGCUAAAGGAACCGUUGGGUCAAAUGUUUGUGGACAACUUGAAGUUUGGCCAAUAAGUGUGGUGAAGUUUGAUUGUAAAUUUGUAAUUAACGUUGGUUGAUAUUUGACCAAUAUUUGUGAUGAAAUUUGUUGUUUAACUUCAGUGAAAAUGUUAUCAAUAUUCGUGACAAAUUAUUGUGAAACUCUAACCAAUAAUCGUGAAGAACUUUGUUUAUAAACUUGUUAGGAAAAUUGGUCGCUAAUUAUGAAGAGUAACGGUUGGAAUUUGAUUCGGGUAAAAUUUAUACCUUAUGUCGAAGUUGGAUUUAAAUAUGGCUAAAAAUUGUGAUGAACUAUGAAUUGAAAUCUGGUCAGUACCAGUGAAAAACUUUGGUUCGAAAUAUGACCAAUAUUUUUGAUUUACUUUGUCAGUUCAGUAUUCGGUAAAAUUAUUUUUAGUGUAAAUCGGUUUUAAUGAUAACCUAUUUUGUGGUGCGUAUUCGAUCUUGCAAACUAACGGAAUUUUUCCAAGAUUCGAAUACCACAUGACCGCAUAGCAUGGUACGCGCGACACCGGGAAAUACUAUGCUAUUUCGCUUUUUAUUAUGACGUGAAGAGGGACAGCGACAUGCUUCUGGGACAGAUAUACAUACAUGUAAAAAUGCAGUAAACGUUGUAAAUUUCAUUAUGCAACUUCGACAUAAUAAUAUCAUCACAAUAUUUUAAUUCUAGAUCCUAAAGCAAGAGACGAAAGAUGCGGUUGGUUUUAUACACCUCUUGCUCUUAUUCCUCACGCAGACGUCAUUUAAUGUGCGUAUGCGCCUAGAUCUAUUAUUAUUUAUAGAGAAACCAAUAAUUAUUAAAGUCUAUAUCGGGCCCAAGAAGCGUCACAUAUUCUUUAAUGGCAUAAUUAUCGAAAGGCAUAUUUUCUUAUAAUCAUCGUUUUGCAUAAAUUUUCAUAUGUGAAACUUUAUGCGAAAUGAUCAUUGUGCCUUCAAUCUUUAAGGACUCAAUAUGGACCAGUAAGUCAGUUGGAAAUUAAAACACAUUUCCAUUAAACUAAUCCCAUAAAUCUCUAUAUGUGUAUUAUAUUCAGGAUUCAUAAACAUUUGUCUUGACAGCUCAAAGACAUUUAAUAGCCGCCAUUUUAUAGGUCGGCCUGAAGUAUUAUUAAAAAGAAAAGUUAUUGGAUAAAUACUACUGAAGUUAAUUAUAGAGAUUUAUGUUUAAGCCAUUUACAUAAAAUAUUUCCCUGAUAUUUAUUUUCAUUUUUUAUGAAUGGCAUUAAGCAGAAUUUCGAUAUCGUGUACCGGUAAUUAUGUGCCUGGAACACCUUUUAAUGUCAUAAAUAGCCUCUUAUCUAAUAUGAAUGAUUACGGUCUGCGUGAGAUAAAUUUUAUGCCGGUAAAACUCAAAUUCAGCCAAAUUAUAUUUAUUUCCUACGAUAAAAAAGUUAAAUAGUUUUAAACUGUACAUUUUAAGCGUUUACGUUCGUCUCAUGCCCGAAUAUUUUUUUUAUUAUAAAUUUAUAAAAAAUAUUGUGUAUAAAUAAAUAGCUUGUACAAACGCUUGUAUAAUUAUAGAGUAAUUGUAAUUUAUUCUGUUACUUGGGAAUUGCGUAUAUAAUGGAAGACUGAAUUGAAAUUCUCUGUUUCAUUUUGUAUGGACAUGUGUGUGAAUUUCAUAAUGACAAUUUUGUAUAUAAAUAUCUGGUAACACCAACCAAUUUUUAUUGUUAUAACAUUGGCAUUAUUUAAGAUUCAUACGCCGCGUAACUGUGAUGAAUAAUGUGCGUAUAAUUAAUAGAUAUAUCUUGUUUUAUUACGACUUAAUCAGAAGAUUUGUGCCUAAUAUAGGUUAUGUUACAGUGGUCAGACCUAGGGAAAUGAAGAUCGGUAAUUUAUUAUUAUUGUGAUGAAGUACAGAAGCCAUUUCAUUCGGAAUAUAAGUCAUACUUCAAGCUCAUAUUUCAUACGAAAAUUGCUGCCUCCGUGGAGAUGUCAUAGUCGUCCCCAGCCAAAGAGCAUGACAAUAUUAUUCCGCAUACCUACAUUAAAAUAUGUACGGAAAACUAUAAUAAUACGGGAAAAAUUACACAGAUUGAGUUAGCCUCGAAGAAAGUUCCAGACUUUGUUACGAGAUACUUACUCAACGAAAUGUUAUAAUAAAUACAUAUGUAGAUAAACAUCCAAGACCCAAAUGCGUCA